AUGAUGUUUAGAGUCCUAGUACUAGCCCUAUUUUUGGCUUUUGUUGCUGUUUCUGCAUCCGAUGAGGAAGAGGCAUAUAAAUAUCUGCAAGUGUACCACUACAUAUCUCCAACGCGCUCUGGAAACCACGACUUUAAAACAGCUGUCAGGAAUUUUCAACAUUUCAUGAAUUUACCGGUCACUGGGAAUGUCGACGAAGCCACCUUAAAAAUGAUGAGGAAACCACGGUGCGGUGUACCAGACGUUGAAUAUGGUACUUUCAAAACUCGUAGAAGACGGUACAGUGUUUUUGGAUCCAAAUGGUCUAAAACACAUCUGACAUAUUAUCUGCAACACGGCAAGGAUCUGCCGCGCUCAACACAAAGUCAAGUGAUCGAGCAUGCCCUACAGUAUUGGAGUAAGGUGUCUCCGCUAACAUUUUCGCGCGUUGGUCAUCCAAGUCAGGCAGAUUUGAAAAUGAGUUUUGGCCCAAGAACUCACUAUGGAACUUCUGGAGAAAACACGUGCCGUUACCCUUUCGACGGAGAAGGUGGUGUUCUUGCACAUGCGUUCGCGCCACCUGAUGGCCGACUUCAUUUUGACGAAGAAGAAACCUUCACCGACCUCUCUGAAGAAGGAACCAAUUUGUUGUAUGUUGCCGUUCAUGAAAUUGGUCAUAAUCUUGGUUUAAGGCAUUCCAACGUGCGAGAUGCAGUGAUCUACCCGGCUUAUCUGGGAUACAAGCCUGAUUUGAAGCUUCAUAGUGAUGACAUUGCCGGGAUUCAAUCACUUUAUGGUUCGUUUUGCAAUUUAAUAUCCAAGUUUUGA